AUGAAACUGGUCCGCGGAUUUUCAGUCAAGGCAAGCCCCGAUAUUGUGCGGGUUCUUGCCCGUGUUGCACUCCCUGCGAGGCCCAGAGCUAAACCACGGGCCGAGGUGUUGGAGAAACUGGACGCUAGUCUUCUCCACGAGUCUCUCAAUGCCCGUGAUCGUCGGCUGGUGUUCCGGCCCUCUAAGGCAUACCACUUGGAACAGGGUGAGACUGUUCAGCACAAGGGCCGCACUCUGCAGCCCAUGAAGUAUCCUGGUCUCCCCUCUGUUGCAGACCUCAGUAGUCUUGUUGAAACAAGCACCACAGCUGCUGAUCUGGACGAGACAUGGGAGUUUUUCAAACAGUACCACGAGUACGAAAACAGCAGGGUGAAUCUGCGGCCAGAACAAUUUUCUGCAUUGAUUCGCAAGUCUGCCGAGAUCGGCGAGCUGCCAAACACAAUCCAUCGCAUUUUUGGCCACAGAACACAGUUUUCGCAAUACACAACGCCCGCGGUCUUUAGCGAGGCUCUGAGACUAUAUGCUCUCCUGGUUCCUUACUUGAGUCGCCGCGCCAAGAACACACUGUACAAGAUCUACUAUCGGGCAGAGGGCGAGAGUGGGCGCGAGCUUCCUCUCUUGUACGGCAUUGUCAAAUACGGCGAAAAGUUUGGCACUGACGAUGCGACCAAAAUCAAGCAAGUUGUUGGUUCGGCAGUCGACGCCGUCUCUUCGGGAGGCACAAAGGGUCUCAACCCCAUUGAUAUUGCCCUUGGACUUGAGGCUGCUAAAUUACUGGGACCGGUUGGCGAGCCGCUGGCCAAACUGUUGGACGUUGAACAAAACCCAGCCCGAGAGGAGCAGGAGCUUGUCUCGGUUAGAGUCCUUGAGAACCCGGCCGAAUCAGUUGAGCCCGAAGGACAAGCACCUUUAGUUGAGGAAGCGUAG